AUGUUGUUGUCUCAGAAAGCGGCAUUAGACCAGCUCAGGUUCAAGAAAGUUCAGAGAGAACAGCAUGCUUCCACACACCAGACCACACCUCCAGUACCCCCGCCCUGGCAUGCUGCCCAGACCGCUCUGAACGUUCCGCCCACGCAGUCGCGCGAUGCCACCGUCCCAUCGCGCUACUUCCCUCCCACACCGAUGUCUCCGGGCACCGUGCUGGUACCCAGCUCAAGUCCGCCUCGCCCGGAUCAGACCCAUCGACCACAUCCACCCGCCUGGCAGCACGAUGCCCUCGCAGACGGCAUUCCUGGACUUAUUCAUUCCGAGCCCCGCAGGCUGUCCUUCGCGCCGACCCAUCUCGAUCCCUUGUCCGCACCCAGCGGCUUCACGCCCGCGAAUCGCGCGCCGCACGCGUCGUUCACGCGUCCGCCAGCGCAGAACGGGAGGAGGAUGUCGGAGGUCGACGAGUCCGAGGACGGGGAGCCGCCUCGCAAGCGUGUCAACCGGGGGGCGUCGCACGACCCGAUCGACUUCCUGGGCAUGCCCGACUCGCCGCAGGUGCAGCGUCCGGGCCAGCGGCGCAAGGCCAACGGGAGCGCGUCUCUGUCGUCCGCGUCUUCCGACGACUCGCUCCCCGACAUCAAGGACGUCGUCGCCGGCCCUUCCAAGCCGCGCAUCGUCCGCCGCUCGCGCUCGCCCGACCUGCCACCAUCGUCCUCCGAGCGGUCCCAGUCAGAGGCUGAGGAUCCCAAGUUUACGCGCUUCAAGAUGACGCAGCCGCAACAUCCUAUUAGCGUUAUACGGGCUGCUUGGCAGCAGGCAGGGGGCGACGUCCCGAGGGCGUCGGAGCUGCUCAACGAUCCCAGCUGGCGGCCUCCAAUGCCUGCGUCGCCGGCCACCAUCGCAAAGUCAGCCAUGGAGGUCGGUAGGGUGAAGGAGCUUGAUGAUGCAAAGCAGGCGCAACGGGCAGCGAUUCGGGAAAAGGGGAAGAAAUCCAUGAUCUACAAGACGGUGCCCAACCUCGAGAACAAGCCGCCAUCAAAGCCUUCUCCAUCCACCCCCUCUCGAGCUCCCGUGGAUCUUCCUUCUUCCCCUCGGACUCCUGGCAGCCCCCUUGUGGCGCAGCCACGCGUGAAGCGAUUGAAACGGAAGGUUGUGGACUCCGACUCUGAGGCAGAACCUGCUGAUGAAGGCUCUUCGGCUCCUGCAAAACGCCCCCACAACGUGUCUACGAAUGAAACUCGUGCGUUGGAUUACUUCAAUGCCGCCGCUCCUGAGGCACUCCAGGAGUUGACAGGGUGUGCUGUGGAGCAAGCUAACAAGAUCAUCGCCCUUCGUCCUUUUGUAUCGGUGGAUGAAUUGAGAGUUAAGCUCGGACAGGGUAAGAAGAAGGUCGGACCUUCGGGCAUCAGUCCUAGAAUGUUUGAGGACUGCGCUGCUAUUUUUGAGGGAUAUGGAACCGUUGAUAGCAUCCUCGAGGACUGCGAAGAGAUCGGAGCGGAAUUGCGCUCUGAGAUCGCCAAGUGGGGACGCGGGGCGUCGAGCAAGGCUGAUAGCAGAGAAGGCACUGUGUCUUCGCGAGGCUCUCCUUCAUGCGUCGAUGGUCUCCCUGAUGGCGCAUUGAGCUUACGCACGCAAAACGUACCUGCUGACCGAAGACCGAGUUACUAUCUGACUUCUCAGCCGUCGUUGCUGUCGCCGGAUGUGCAGCUCAAGGAAUAUCAAAUGGUUGGUGUAAAUUGGCUGAAUCUGCUUUAUCGCAAGAAGCUCAGCUGUAUCCUUGCCGACGAGAUGGGUCUGGGGAAAACGAUACAGGUUAUCAGCUUCUUUGCUCAUUUGAAAGAGCUGGGGCGAAAAGGACCCCAUCUAAUCGUCGUCCCGUCUUCCACGCUCGAGAACUGGUGCAGAGAGUUUGACCGCUUUGCCCCAGGGAUCACUGUCGCUACAUAUUAUGCCGAUAAGGACAAGCGACCCGCUAUGCGUCAGAGUCUCCUAGACACACAGCGGAGUCAGACACCAGACGGUUGGGAAGUUUUGAUCACCACAUACAAUCUUGCACAAGGAGAUGACAAGGACCGUAAAUUCUUCCGGCGCAUUACCUGGGAUGCCUGCAUCUUUGACGAGGGCCAUGUUCUGAAGAACUUCCAAUCUCAGCGCUAUCAAACUCUGCUCAAGUACGAAUCACGGUGGAGGUUAUUGUUAACUGGAACACCACUGCAGAACAACCUGCAAGAGCUUGUGUCACUCAUGAAUUUCAUCCUGCCACAAAAGUUCGAGGAGGAUCUUGAUACACUGCGUGCGGUGUUCAAAACCAAGGGUGACUCCAAAGUGACACUUCUCGCUCAGGAGCGCGUCUCACGAGCAAAGAAAAUGAUGACCCCGUUCGUUCUGAAAGAUCUCCCCAAGAAGAGUGAACGUAUUGAAUGGUGUGAGAUGACUUCAUUACAAAAGUCAAUCUACAACGAGGCGCUGCGACGCUCUCGGAAGACUGUCUUUGAUCUGGAGAACAAGCCCGAGGAGCCUGUUGUUGAGACCAACGGUCGAGGAAAGCCUACAAAGAAGACCCGUCCCAGCGCGCGUCCAAAGGAUAAGAUGUACCUGGAAAACAGCUCAAAUGUACUUAUGGAUCUUCGAAAAGCAGCGUCACAUCCUAUGCUCUUCCGAAGACGGUUCACGGACGAGAAGUUGACGUUGAUCACCAAACUCUUACUGAAAGAACCCGACUUCAAGAAGAGAGGGGCUGUCUUCCAAUAUGUGAAGGAGGACAUGGAGGUCAUGACCGAUGCUGAGCUUCAGUUGUUCUGCGCCACCUACAAGUCAACGCGGAAGUUCUUGCAGGAGGAAGACUGCUACGUGCAAGCUGGAAAAGUCAAAGUUCUCCUUGAUCUGCUGCAAAGAUACCAAGCCGAUGGGCGUCGCAUCUUGAUUUUCUCGCAGUUUACCCAAAUCUUAGAUAUCUUGCAAAGAGUACUCGACAACAGGAAGACCAGGUACUUAGUGUUAACUGGCUCAACACCUGUUGAUGUUCGGCAAUCCCUGGUGGAUGAAUUUACCGAGGACGAAUCUAUUCCCGUGUUUCUAUUGUCUACGAAGGCUGGCGGUAUGGGAAUCAACCUCACAGCUGCAAGCGUCGUGAUCAUGUUUGACCAAGAUUUCAAUCCGCAUAACGACAAACAAGCACAAGAUCGAGCGUACCGAAUCGGUCAAAAGCGAGAUGUCGAUGUUGUGAAACUGAUCACGAAGGGGUCCAUAGAGGAGGACAUGCUGGCACUGGGACAGACAAAGCUGGCGCUCGAUGAAGCUGUUGCCGGUGAAGAAGGUGACGAGAGAGUGGAGAGGGAGAUCAAGACGUCGCUGAUGAAUGUGGUCCGCAAGAAGCUAGAAGAAAGCCCUGAAGACGAGGACAAGCCCGACGACUCCAACGGCGCGACGGUGGACGUUGGAAGUCCCUUGAGCGUUUUAGAUGACAGCUGA